AUGAAUUCUCAGCCCAAUGGCGCUGGCCCUGCCCAGUCUCGCGAAAGCUACAAGCACUCUAUGGAAGAAUGGCGCCAGUCGGCACUCGCCCAGCGCAACCAAUAUGAACCCCGCGUCAAAGAACAAGUCACUCGAUACUUUCAAGAAUACUCUCCCCCGUUUUAUGCCUCUUUAAUUGGCUACCGUCGUGAUUGGAAUAUUCUUGUUGCGACGUCCCGGGUCUCUGGCUUCGCUGCCACUCUAGGUCGAGAUCUUGAGGAUGUGGAAGCAAAAGCCAUUGCCGAAUAUACCCUCGACAACAUCCACACCAAUGCCGGUUUAAAGUGGCUGAGCGUCGCACUCGCUGGAUACAUGACCUAUCGUGGUCGCCGUACAUGGCAAUUCCCCUUCUAUAAGCCCAAGCUCGGCGGCCGAUUUAACCCAAAUGAGGCUACUAGCAUUUUCACCAACAAGAAGAUCCGUGGAGCUUACCCUCGCGCAACAUGGCAUUGUCUUCGAUUCACUGCUUACGCCGCUGUCAUAAUGCUCAUGAUUGAGCCCGCAUUCAGGGCUGUCAGUUUCAUUCGAACCGAAGCUGCCAUGACAAAUGAUCCCCGCUUGAAACAGUUCACCAAAGAUGCAGCCGAGCGUGUCAAGGACGUAAUGAGCAACCCAACCAUCUCAAGAGCACCUUUCACAGGUAGGGAUGUGCAUAAAAGUGAUGAGAACGACCCUUGGGCCAGUGAUGAUUCAAGCAACACCAGCUCUGAGAGUAGAUAUCAGCCCACCGCCACCCAGUCCUGGGACAAGGCUCAAUCCUCGACCACAACGCAACAAAGUCAAAGACCCAAUGACGACUGGAGCGUUUUAGAUGAUGAUGAUGAUGAUGCUUCACCAAUUGCUGCCUCUUCCCGCAAUAAAGCAGCAUCUCUUCCUGCUGGUUCUGCGUGGGAGCGCAUACGCCAACAAUCGCAAGGGCCGCCCCAGCAAUCUGAUUCCCAGUCCCGUACCUGGGCUGCCCGUUCUCAAACCGGAUCUCUGCCAGAAUCACAAUCUGUCUGGGGCAGCAGGUCCUCUGGUAGCUCCAGUGACAGUUUUUCUUUCAGCAAAUCGGAUGAGGAGAGGGCAGCUGGAAAAGAACAGGCACAAGACGAAUUCGAUCGACUUGUUGAAAGAGAAAGGAAGGGCGUUGAUCAGGAGAAGGCCUGGGGGCGCAAGUAG